AGUCGUGUGCCAGCCGCGGCAAGGUGAGGACGUCGCUCCCUCACGCGCCGUCACUCUGUGUACCCCGGUCAUUGGUGUACAUCUGUGCCGUGUUGAACCUCGCGGGAAGUGUGUGUACAUUCUUGCCAUCCUGUGUCCGCAUUUUGGUACCGUAUGUGCAUGUAUAUCGAGCGUAAAUAUAUUUGUUGAUAAAGACACAAAGGCGAAGUUUGUUGUAUUGUCUUGACGUGAGGGAAAAAAAUUGUAUAGUGAAUGUUAGAAAUAUAUUAAAAGUGGCAUUAUCUUAACCAGUCUCCACGAUGGUAUACAGUGACCUUGUAUGACCUGGUGUGUGUGUCAUGUUACGUUGGCUCAUCCUGUGACCUCCUGUGAUAUAAUGGCGUUAGAGGAAAGUACCGGCAUCUAUAACUGGACAAUGACCUCCUCAACUAUGCCCACCGCCUCAGUGACCUUAGAUGACCUAACACCAGAGGAGGAGGAGCUAAUGGAGGAUCCCUUCUACAACAUGUCCGCCUCCACCAACUCCUCCCUCACACCUCCCUACCAGAUGGUGGAGGUGGGCGUGGCGACGGAACUAACGGCGGUGGUGGUGCUGGUGGUGGGUGUGGUGGGUAACCUGAUGGUGAUGGUGGUAUUCCUCUGGAGGCCCUGGGGUCGUACUCCCCUUCAGGUGGACAGGGUCGUAGGUCUUCUGGCUCUGACGGGGCUGUCGGCGACCCUCAUUUCUGUCCCAUUUCAUCUCUACUCCUUCCUGGCGGGGACAUAUCCAGCCCAAGGGUCGCUGUGUCAGGUUCAGGGCUUCCUCCUCAACCUACUGUGUUUACUGUGUCUGUGGUACACGACAGUCCUCGCUGUGGAGAGAUACGUCAAGUUCGCGUCCCCACAUGAGCACUCCCUGACCUUCUCGCUGCUGAACCUGAACGUGGUGCUGUCGGGAGUGCUGGUGCUACUGAUGAUCGAGGUGUCUGGGCCUAUCUAUGGCUGGGCGGAGUAUGGCUACGUACCCGAUUGCGGCGUGUGCGUGUUGAACCCCGUGUCGACGCACAUCUUGACGUACACGGUGAUCCAGACGUCAUGUUACGUCAGCCUACCUGCCCUCCUGACGGUGUGUGCUGCCUGCUGCGUCCUGCACCGCUGCAACACCCAGCCUGGCCCCCUCACCCAAGGCUCCCAGGUGCUCAAGUCAGGUGUGGGGAUGAGUGUGCUGUGCGGGGCCAUGCUGUGCUCAGUGCUGCUCAUGCUGCCCUACCACGCCCUCCUCAUGUUGCAGGCGGCACAGAUCCCCGUCCCAGUCUGGUGCAAGGUGGCGUCCUACUGGUCCAAGAUCAUCUCCCUCGCCUGUGUGUAUCCUGUGAUUCUCCUGGCUGCCAGACCCACAGAGGUGUGGCCGCCCUUAGUGUCUCGGCUUCACACUUUCAAGAGGUGUCGACUGGGCGGUCUCCUGCAUCACUCAGACCCGGCCCUGGAUCUGUCGUCCCUAGAGGUAGGAGGCAUCGACCUCUCCCUCAGGAAGUCCAGGAGGAUCUCGAGGUCCUCCCAUGCUACUGACACCACCGUCGUCUCCGCCUCCCCCUCACACUCUACCAAGGACACCUCCUCCUCCAACACCACCACCACCACCACCGCCCCUUCCUCCGUUACCAGGGUGUGAAGCUCCUCCUCCUCCUCCUCCUCCUGCACCCCCCCUCCACACAAACAGGUUUCCUACCAACAAAAGAGAACCACAGGAAGACAAACGGAUUACGGAAGAGGAGGAGGAAGAUUAGGAGAAGGAGGAAGAAGAGGAGGAGGAAGAUUAGGAGAAGGAGGAAGAAGAGGAGGAGGAGGAGGAAGAGGAGGUCCCUUUAAGAGUACCACCUCUGAAGGCAAAAUAUAACAAGAGUAUGUUACGUCACGGCCCUGGUGCCCAACAGCGAAACAAACAAGAGAUAAUUACUCCAUUGGUCGGUUCCUGUAGUUUAUAGACCCUCUAACCUAACCUAACCUACCAGCUCUAAUGAGGUCUAAUCAUCUCUACUGGUUUGGUUAGGUCAGGUUGGAUUGGAGUCUAUUAGGAAAGGUGUUUGAAAUAACCUUGUCAUCUAUCCUCAGAUGGA